GGCUUCAGACAGAGAAGUUGAGGCUGUUUUCUUUUUAAAGAGUUUUGUUUCUUUUCUGAUUUACGUUGACCAAGACCUUUUUCAAACAAACUCUGUUAGUGAACGAAAUCAUUCUUGUCACAAUGUGUAGGGUAUCAAAUAAUAUUGGGUGGCCACUCCCACUACGCCUCACUCACUCUCAGUUGACAGGUGGAAUUUGAUCCCUGGCUGCCAGACAAGUGUUUGUCUGUCUGGGAAACAUGGACCUCUCAGCACUCCCCAGGUUUCUCUUCACAGUGUUUGACAGAUUUGCUGUGCUGGCCACGUUCUUCAUGGUGUUUGCCCUAACCCUUGACUUCAUGAAGAGGCGCAAGUGUCAGAAUUACCCACCUGGGCCCCGGGGCUGGCCUUUCUUCGGGAACGUUUUUCAGGUGGACUGGAACAACCCCCACUUGUCAUUUGCCAAGCUGUGGAAGCAAUAUGGUGAUGUGGUGGGUGUGCAGUUCGGAUGGACCAACACAGUGAUACUGAACGGCUAUGCAACCCUAAAAGAGGCACUUGUGAAGAAAUCGGAGGAUUUUGCUGACCGGCCACAGUUUCCAGUGUAUGAGGAUAUCUUUAAGAUCACAGGAGAAGGUAUUGUCUUUGCAAGAUAUGGUCCUUGGUGGAAAGAACAGAGAAGAUUUUCACUUUCGACACUGAGAAACAUUGGGCUCGGAAAGAGAUCUCUGGAGACAAGAAUCAAUGCGGAGGCUGAAUUUUUAAACAAAGAAUUUGAAAAUGCAAAAGGUCUCCCUUUUGACCCGCACAUCAGUCUAAACCAUGCAACCUCAAACAUUAUCUGCUCAAUUGUCUUUGGAGAACGCUUUGACUAUCAAGAUGAAAAAUUCCACAAAUUCCUUCAUUAUGUUGGAGAAAGUUUUGUCCUGGAAGGUGGAUUUUGGGGUCAGGUGCUAACCUCGUUUCCCUUCAUUCGCAAUUUCCCGGGUCCACACCAGAAAAUAUUCAAAAAUCAACAGCUGAUCAUCCAAUUCAUUCAGAACUUAAUCACGAAGCAUGAAGAGAUAUGGCCCCCUGAUGAGACCAGGGACUUCGUAGAUGCUUUCUUAAAUGAGCAAGAGAAGAUGAAGCAUGAUCCCAAGACAAGUUUUGUGAAAUCCAAUUUGUUAGGGACGGUUGUAGACCUCUUUGCUGCCGGAACUGAGACCACCUCCACCACCCUGCGCUGGGCCCUACUCUUCAUGGUUCUUCAUCCAGAUGUGCAAUCUAAAGUGCAGGAAGAGAUUGAUAGCGUAAUUGGGAAGGACAGAAAGCCAGCAUUGGAAGACCGUGAGGAAAUGCCAUACACUAAUGCCGUUAUCCAUGAAACCCAACGGGCGGGAAAUAUUGUUCCCAUUUCACUUCCUCAUCAAACAUACAGAGAUACAGAGGUCCUGGGCUACACAAUCCCAAAGGGAACAACAAUCAUCCCAAAUCUUUCCUCCUCAUUGUUUGAUGAGAACGUUUGGUCAACUCCACAUCAGUUUAAUCCAGGUCACUUCCUCAACUCAGAAGGGAGGUUUGUGAAACCAGAAUCCUUCAUCCCAUUCUCUGCAGGUCACCGUGUGUGCCUGGGGGAGCAGCUGGCAAAGACUGAACUCUUCCUGUUCUUCACCUCCAUGCUCCAACAGUUCACAUUCCAUCUCCCAGAAAAUGAGCCAAGACCAAGCUACACAGAAUCCAAAUUUGGAAUCACCCUGAGUCCAUGUGCUUAUCGCCUGUGUGUUAAAUUCAGAUAAAAUGUACAGGGGGAGGGUGGGCAAGGUCUUCAGGAGCAGUGAGGAGUCACACACCUUCUUUAAAUUAUAGAACAGAAUAAAAUAUCCUUGAUUGUCACUUGUACUACAAUACUGAGGUAUAGGAGUACAGUGAAUGACUGCUUUUUAAUGGCACCAUCUUAGGUACACACACUGAGGUAGAAAUCUUACAGAGUAAAUAAAAACAUAGCAUUCUUAUACAAAGAGGUUUAAAGGAAAGCAAAAGGAUUACUUACAGAGGUAGAUUCCACAUUGUGAAAAAUUUUUAAAUUACAGUCCGAUAACAGCAGCUCAGCGUGUUGCAGCGGGGCAAGUCCAGCAAUUGUCCUGCAUUGCUCCAGCCUCCAGUUUGUUCCUCACCAACACUCAGCAGCUACAAGGUCAGCCAGGCUGCAACGGGAUUCAUAUCUCAGCUCCUCUGUCGCUCUAGGGACUUGGCCCCUCAUCGCUCCAAGUACUCAGCCUCUCUGUCCGCUCUGGGAAUGCGGUCACUCUGUCCGCUCUGGGAAUGCGGUCACUCUGUCCGCUCUGGGAAUGCGGUCACUCUGUCCGCUCUGGGAAUGCUGUCACUCUGUCCGCCCUGGGAACACAGCCUCUCUGUCGCUCUGGGAACGCAGGUACUCUGUCUGCUCUGGGAACACAGCUUCUCUGUCCACCCAGGGAAAGCAGUCUCUCUGUCCGCCCUGGGAACGCGGUCUCUCUGUCUGCUCUGAGAAUGCAGCUUCUCUGUUGCCCUCGGGCUGCCUUCUCCUGCUCGUUACGGCUGCCUGCUCCCACUCUCGCCGCCAGCUCCUGGGAAUCACUGCCUGCAUGAUACUAUGGGGCUGCUUCCCCAUGUGCUUCUGCGGAGCUCUUCUCUGUGCUGCUCCAGGACUUGCACCCUCACGCUGCCGUAGGCCACACUGCUCUGGAUUUGCUGCUGACUCUGAUGCUGAGGAGAGAGAAGAAGACAACAGGAGAGAAAAAGAAGAGAGGAAAAGGAGAAAGGAGGAGAAAGACGCAGAGGAGCUCCGAAAGGAGCGUACUACUCUGCUGCCACCUUGCACGUCUGAAACUGAUCCCAUCACUAAUUGCUUUUCUGAUCCCCUAGUGUAAGAUGUACGUAAAUUCCUAAUUACUCCUGUCUUCAUGUGUGAAACCAAACUGCCUUGAUUGAUUGGCUGAUCAUUGCUGCCAAUCUCUGCUCUUUCUUUGAUUAAAUUAUUCAUGGAUUCAUAAAUUAUAAUUUAGUUGUGCCUAAUACUGUCAAGCUAGUUUUGUGAGAAACUGUAGAAUUCUUCCUCCUUUCUACCAAACGACUUUGGAGAUCCAUCUUUGGUUGAAUUUGUGCUGCUAUUUCGAAUAAUCCGAUGGCAGUGAUGAAUUUGUGCAGGAGGCCAACUAUCCCAAUACUAGCCUGAGCCACUCUACACAAGCCUAAAUCUAAACUGUGCCACCAGUAUAUAAAAGGGAGCCAAAACAGUGUAUUCUGUGUCAUAGAUGUGCUGCUGAGAUGCUGCUUGGCUUGCUGUGUUCAUCCAGCUUCACACUUAGUUAUUCUGUGUCAUGCUGUCUGAGGACUAUUAGUUCACUGCCUUGUUACAAUGUAAAGAGGAAUCAAGAUGGCACCAAUGGCAGAGGGAGUAGGAAUCCAUGGAUCAAUAUUCUUAUUAAUUCAUGGGUUGUGAGCAUUCCUGGAAAAGCUAACAUUGUUCCCCAGCUGUUAUUACCAUGGAGCAUAGGGUAAGCUGCCUUUUUGAACCACUUCAGUCUACAGUGCUGCUCAGAAAGGAGUUCCAAGUUAUUAAUCUAGCGACGGCAAAGGAAUGGAUGAUAUAGUUUCAGCUCAGGGUGCUGAGUUGCUUUGAGGGGAGCUUGCAAACGGUGGUGUUUCCAUGCAUCUGCUGGCCUGCUCCUCUAGAAAUCAUGGUUUUUGGAAAGUGCUAUUGAAGGCACUUUAGUGAUGAUCCAGCUGGCAGUAAUCUUGGACAAAUCAGGUCUCAUAGUGAAACCUGGCUUGAUAGAUCAUAAGUUUUAUUUUUGAGCUUUGAUUAUCAUGGUGGUCAUCACUGAAUAUAAUCAAAUGAAGCUGCCAAUGUUCUUUUAACAAAAUAACAUAAGUUUAUUACACAAAAACUAUAUAUUUCACAAUUUGGAAAGAUCUUUAGAAAAACAGCUCAAAGAAAGAUGCAAUCCUUUUCCAAGCAAUAUUCUUUACAGCCACUCAAUCCUAGUCAAGUAUCGCAAUGACCUAAACUUCUCAAUUUUGUACACAAAUUAGUCUUUCCAGCCCUUCUCUUUGGAUUGCUGAAGGAGGUUAAGACUUCUUUCCAGCUCUGAUGGCCUGGACGUGUCUGUCCGGUUGUGGCAGCGUGGAGAUCCUAUCAACUGCAAACUUGUCCUUAUGCUCAGACGAUUUUUCUUCUGAACUCAAUCCUUUGUGAACAUUUGUUUCUGUGUCAUCGAAUUCAACUUUGUAAAACUGCAGCAAUCAGCUCCCUAGGCAGCUAUUCAAGUCAUUAAACUUAAAUCGCACUUUGUCCUGGAUGGUGUCGAGCUUUUUAAGUGUUGAUGAGCUGCACUCAUCCAGGCAAGUGGGGAAGAUUCCAUCACACCACUGACUUGUAACUAACAGAUAGUGGACAGGCUUUUGGAUUGGAGAUGACUCAACUCAGAUUUCCUCUGAUCUACUUUUGUCGGCAUAGUAUUUAUAUGACUAGUGCAAAUCAGUUUCUGGUCAUUGGUAACCCACAGGAUGUCGAUAGUAGGAAUCAGUGAUGGUAGUGGCACCUCAUGUUGGAGAUGGUCUUUGCCAGCAAUUGAAAGCAAUUAAGCCAUUCCCAGUUGUUGAAACUACAUAAAUAAAACACUUUAUUGCCACAAAGGACAGGUGAUUACCCUGCAGAGGAAUUUAAGGAGUUAAUCAGAGGAAAGCUGUGUCUUUGAACAGACAGUUAAGGCCAAAUGUAACAAGGAAACUACAUCUGAUAAGAAGGCAAGCUGUAGGUUUGCAAUAAUGUCCCAUGACAAACUUGUGAGAGAGAAAAUCAUGAAAAAAUCCAAUACCAGAACAAAUCAGUGGCAGAACUUCAAAGGAUAAUACGAUACAAGAUUUGAACCUGGACACUUCCAGAUACAUACACUGUUGGUAGAAUUGUGGCCACGUUCCACCAUUAAUUGGCUAACAGACAAUUUGGGUUGUGAGGCUAAACCUAUUCUUUUUGGUUGUUACAUGCAAUAAAGAUUAAAUCAUUGUUUCA